AUGUCCCUGUUCAGUCUCGAAGACCCUUCAGUGGACCAGAUCCUGGAGGCUAUAGACGACGAGAUGGCGACGACGCGGAAGCAGCCCAAGGUGCUGCUGUUUGACAUUGGCGGCGUCUGUGUCGUCUCACCUUUCCAAGCCAUCUUGGACUAUGAGCUCAGCCUAGGCGUCCCUCCGGGAUGGAUCAACUUCUCCAUCUCCAAGUCGAAGCCCAAUGGCUUCUGGCACCGUCUUGAGAGGGGCGACAUCCCCGUAGACCAGGCCUUUUACGACGGCUUCAACCGUGACCUUCACAAUGCCGACCACUGGAAGGAGUUUUACCAGCGGGAACAGUCCAAGAACCCCAAGCUCCCGACAGAGCUGCCCCCAGUUCCCACCCUGGACGGCGAGUUUCUCUUCGACGAGAUGAUGACCAAGUCGCACGCCCCAGACCCGUGGAUGUGGCCCGCGCUGGAGAACCUUAAGAAGAGCGGCAAGUACCUGCUCGGCGCGCUGAGCAACACCAUCAUCUUCCCGCCGGGCCACAAGCUGCACUCGGCGGAUUACUUCAACGACCCGUUGCGGCGGGUGUUUGACGUCUUCAUCUCCUCGGCGCAUGUCGGCGUCCGCAAGCCCGACCCGAAGAUGUACCAGCUCGCGGUCGCCACGCUGGACAAGUUUGCGAGAGAGAACGCCGACUCUCCGCGUGGGAAGCAGCUUGGCUGGGCCGACGGCAUCAAGCCGGCCGACGUGCUCUUCUUCGACGACAUUGGCGAGAAUCUGAGAGAAGCCAAGGCGCAGGGGUUCAACACCUUCAAGGUGAACCUCGGCAGGGCGUACGAGGCGGUCGAGGAGCUGGAGAACGUCACGGGCCUGAAGCUGGAGGGGGACCACCCCAAGAUUCCGGUCAAGCCGCGACUGUCGCCGCCCCCCAAGGCCAGGAUAUGA